AUGCGACUUAUCAACACGAACACUCUCGAUUUUGAAGAAUACAUCGGCCGAAAUACACCGCCGUACGCAAUCCUGUCCCACACAUGGGAAGAGGAUGAGGUGUCCUUCCAGAAAAUGAAACAGGAGUCGAGGGCGGGGAUGAAGGGAUUCAAGAAAAUCCAGAAUAUUUGCUCGUUAGCCAAAAAAGGCAAAAUCGAAUACGCCUGGGUGGACACCUGCUGCAUCGACAAGUCAAGCAGCGCCGAGCUCACCGAGGCCAUCAACUCCAUGUUCAAGUGGUAUGAGCGCGCUACAAUCUGCUACGUCUGGUUAUCUGACCUCACUGCAUCUGCCGACCUCGACACGGAUUUGAAGAAGUGCCGAUGGUUUACGAGGGGCUGGACUUUGCAGGAGCUCAUCGCCCCAAAGUCGAUGAACUUUUAUAAUCGAGACUGGAAAUUUGUUGGACGGAAGAUGGACUUGAUUCAACAACUCUCCGAAGCUACAUCAAUACCUAUUACGGUCCUUCUUAAUACGUGCAGCCUACAAGACGUAGCCAUUUGUGAGAAGAUGUUUUGGGCCGCAGAAAGAGAAACAACCCGUAUCGAGGACAUGGCAUAUUGUCUCCUCGGCAUUUUCGACAUCAACAUGCCGCUGCUUUAUGGCGAAGAAGAAAAGGCCUUCAGACGGCUACAGGAAGAGAUAAUCAAGACCACACCUGAUAUGUCCAUCUUUGCGUGGGCCGCCAAGCGGACGGGGACUUUACAUUCUGGGACAGGCUCAGGGUGCUCAACAACAAGCAAUGGCAUUAAGAUCAGCGAUUAUCUCUACCACCUGCCAGCACCUGGACGAGCAGGACGCCAGCUCGUCCUGCCCGUCACCGAAGAUACCUUCACAAGAAAGAUGGGUGUGCGCCUGAAAAAGACUAUCAACGGCUCACUCGUCAGGGAAGAUCCGUAUACGCUUGCGGAGUUUGUGGCCUUGGAUCUCAAUGUGUUCCGCCAAGACUUGUGCCUAUCGACAAAUACUCCCAAGCUACAUGAAAUAACAACCAGCGAUACGUUGUCGAGCGGCAGGUGCGUUAGGUUUCGAAUGCCCUCUAACAUGAAGAUAAUCAACGCCUGGCCCUGGGAAUACUUUGUAGACGAGGAUUAUGAGCUAGUUGUGCCUAUGAAAAACUAUUCUGGCGCAGUCCUGCUCAGCAUCGAGUCGCACGCCGAUGAACCCAUCGAGGAACGCUCAGAGUGGAACUGCAUGUUCAUAUUCUGCGGGGACGCCUAUGAUCCCUCACGCCCUACCAUCAGUUGUUCGAUCGUGGAUUAUGACGAGUUUACUAUGAAGCUGGACCGCAUCACUGCACGAAUGCUCCGACAUGAACGUGUUACGAACAAACAGAUGCGCAACUCCCUCACCAGAUCAGUUCCGCAAACAAGCACUACUGCCUUGGUUAUACCCGAGACCGGGCAGUCGGCAGUGGUGUCUUUUACGCUAGAACAGGUAAUUGCAACACCAUCAGCAUGGUCGGACCCAGUCUUGGUCGUACGAUUCGCGGUCGAAUUCCGCAAUUCAAGGACAGUCACUCCAGCUGAGGAUAAACAUUGGACCGAUGUCUACAAGUUGUCAGACCCCCGCUUGUGGUCGUUCCACGUCUGA